AUGGUCCUAGAAGAAGCCACCUCGUCCUCCGAGCCUCAACCCUCCUUCAAUGAAGCCCUCCCCACCUCCUCCCCAGACCUCUACUCCGGCGACCGCAAUCCUCAAGUCCUCGAGACCCGCAAUUCCUCCUAUAUAACCAUCUCCCCGGGCGUUCAUGUCAACACUCAGAACCUCCCCAGGCCCUGGAUGGGCGCAACUCCACGCGGCCUCAACACAGCAAUAUUCGAAGCAUGUCAACAAGCCAGCAUCAUCAUGAACCGGCCCGUCCGACAGGAAGAAGCCGACGCGCUAGCAUUCCACUUCGCGCGAGCAGUGCGCAUAGGAUCAUAUGGGACACCAAUAGGAUCUGCCGUAGGAGCCGCGCUGUGGUAUAGAGGCUUUAAGAACGGGAGUUAUAGGUUCCCAGGCUACACGCCCAACAAAGAGAGAUUCAACCCGAACAAAUUUGGAAGGCUGCAGGGGCGGAAUGCGAAAUACAUGUGGCACUCGCUUCGCUUUGGCGCAUAUGGAAUCGUUGGGGUCAUGAUGGGGAGUGUGUUGAUAGGAUCGUAUGCGUUGACCGCGGGCAGUGCGGGGAGGUUGAUGGACCCGAGGUUGAAAGAGCUCAAAGAGAAGAUUAUUGCCAAUUCGAAGCAGGGGAAGAAUGGGGAGCUUUUGCCGGGGCAGAUGGCCGGUGGGGGAGAGGUUGAUCAGACGGGUGGGCAACGGCAGGGAGAGACGUAUGACAUGGAGCGACAACGGAGAGGGGUGCAGAGGGCCGGAAGGGAGAGUGGCGCUUGGCAGACUCAGAACAUUAUGGAUGAUGCUAGUCCUACGGGGGCCAUGUUCAUGAGUGAUUAUCAGGAGAACGAAAGCCCUAGUGACUCGGGGGUAAUGAGCGACGGGCAUGUGAAGCAGAGGGAUAGUCAGGUACGCUUUGAGGAGGCGAGAAGGGACGCGCAGCAGAGUAGAAAUGAUGGAUUUGGGGCUGCGCCGAAGUCGUCUGGUAGUGCGUGGGAGAGGCUACGGCAGCAGGCUAGCUCUGGUGAACCUGGACAAUCCUCGACAAAGAGCCGCAGAGAUGCUUCAUCGCCGGUCGAUAGUUUUAUGUCUUUGCAAGGGGAAGAUAACAGACGUCAGGAGCAAAAGGCUUUUGAUCAAAAGAUGGAGCGAGAACGGGAAGGGAAAGAUUUUGAGUCUCAGUCAGGAGGUUGGCGAAGAUAG